AUGUCUCUGCACGCCGGCCCCACCCCCGGCCGCCCUUUCGGGUCGUCUGCCCCGCCUUCCGUUUGUGACGUCAUUGGCUCCGCCCCUCCGCCCGCAUUCAAAAGCCGCGUUUCAGCCGAGGGAGUUCAGUCCGUCGACGGCUCCCGUUCCUGGUCGGUGGUGUGGGGUCCUCCUCCAGUGUCAGUAUGGCAUUCUUCAGUUUGUCAGGUGAAGCGGGAGUGCUGUCUGUUGGUUUGUAGUUUCAACAGGUGGUCGUUCAGAAGUGUGGCAUUUCUGUGCGGGUUAAGAAGCCCACUCUGAAGUUUGCAGCUCUUCAAGUAUGUGGGAAGAAACAGAAAGGUUCGUGUCCUUGAGAGGCUUGAAUGCUUACUUUGAGUUGAAGGUGGUCAUCCAAAGAGGUAAGUGCAUUGUCUGUAGUUGAGUUUUUUCCUAUUGGGUAGUAUGGCCUUGUUAAGCGUUUCCUGGAAUAUUUGUUGUGUUUUGGGGUUGUUUACAGGUUUGGGUCUUCUUCUGUUUGUUUUCUUCCUGAUUUUUUUUUUUUUUUUUUGGUUCCUGUUCCCUUUACCUUUGUAUUGGCUUUCUGUGGCAGUUUUGCUUGCCUUUUUAUUAGCGUUUGUUUUAGUUUUGUUUGGUUCUUUUGUUUGGUUUUGUCUUUUUUUGCCUUUGUGUUUCAGUUGUUGUAUCAUUUACCUUUUCUUUUGAAUUCUGUGGGCGUUUUCUGUUUUCUCCUUUGUGUUAGCAGUUUUUCCUGGGUGUUUUCUUUGUCUCGGUGUUGGAUUUUGUUAUUCUUCGGUGGUGUUUUGAGUUUGUUUUAGCACUGUGUGAGUGUUUUUUUUAUGUUUCGGUUGUUCUUUGCUUCUGCUGCAUGUUUGGUUUUGGUUUUCUUUCUUUGGUCUUGCUUUUCCCUGGGUUUUGCAUUCAGUUUGGUUUCGUGUUGUGCUGUGCAUUGUGACCAUUUUUGCGUUUGGUUUGGGUUUGCUUUGGUGUUCUACUCUGCAUCGCCUCUGCUUUUCUUUAAGGUUUCUGUAGUGCUGUGUUUGUUUUUUUAGCUUUUUGGGGGUGCUUUGGUUU